AUGUCCAGUCCAGCUAAAAAGCGUAAGCGAACUGGAGAUAAUGCAUCGCCACAAAAAUUGCGCACAAUUGCUUCCUUCUUUAAAGGACAAACGCCUCAAGAGUCGCAGGUAGAGCCCGACGCCACAGAGCAGACCCUCUCCGAUGAAGCAUUAGCAAGAAAGCUUCAAGAAGAAUGGAAUAAAGAAGAAGAAGCAGCAGAUUCUACGUCAAAUUCAAAUGAUAUUCAAUCAACAGAAGCAGAGCUUGACACAAACACAGAUCCACCAGCCUCCAUCCCGGCGGAUAUAACACCCGCAGCAGCUCUGACGAUAUCUAAGAAGAAUACUCUAUCCCUACAGUCAUCUUUGGGAACAGAGGACACUGUAUCACUUGAUAUCCCGUUUGAUCAAAGCCCGCAAACAUUUGAUCCAAGCAAAUAUGUAGCGGAAUUACGCCCUCAUUGGGCUUCAGACGGCGGCGAUGCGACCUACGCGUUGCUAACUAGAGCGUUUGUCCUGGCCAACUCCACAACGAGUCGAAUCAAAAUCGUUGAUACAUUGGUCAACUUUCUCCGAGUCUUGAUUGAAGGUGAUCCUAAUAGCGUUCUCCCUGCUGUAUGGUUAGCAACCAACUCUAUCUCCCCUCCCUACGACGAGAUGGAGCUGGGGUUAGGUGGCUCGUCCAUCUCGAAAGCCCUGAAGAAAAUAUACGGUCUCAAUAACCAAGGCUUGAAAACGCUGUACGACAAGCACGGAGAUGCAGGAGAUGUUGCCUUCGAGGCCAAAAAACGACAGACCUUCACCUUGGUCAAACCAAAACCGCUUAAGAUCAAAGGCGUGUAUCAAUCUUUACUCAAAAUUGCAACGAGUAAAGGCUCUGGAAGCCAGGAGACAAAACAACGUAUCGUCGAGAAAUUGUUGCAGGAUACCCGGGGUGCUGAAGAGAGUCGAUACAUUGUUCGAACCCUUGUUCAAAACCUCCGCAUCGGCGCCGUAAAGACGACCAUGCUUAUUGCACUCGCGCGCGCAUUUCUUUACUCAAAACCUACCGGCGCUGAAUUCUUGCUCUGCUCAAAAAAUGAGCUCGCACGUCUCAAGAAGGAUGAGCUCGCUAAAUUAUACACGAACGCCGAAGAAAUCGUCAAGGCGUCUUACGCUCGACAUCCAAGUUACGAUGACCUCGUCCCAUCUCUUCUAGAGAUCGGUGUCACCGAAGAACUACUCAUUAGAUGCGGUCUUGUGUUACACACUCCGCUCCGACCAAUGCUGGGAAGCAUCACGCGCGAUCUCUCAGAUAUGUUGACCAAGUUGCAGGGUCGCGACUUCAGUUGCGAAUACAAGUAUGAUGGACAACGAGCUCAAGUACACUGCGACGAGCAGGGCAAGGUCUCCAUCUUCUCUCGCCAUCUCGAGCUGAUGACAGAAAAGUAUCCCGAUCUUGUUUCCCUCGUACCCCAAAUCCGCGGUGAGGGAGUCUCGAGUUUCAUUCUAGAAGGGGAGGUAGUCGCCGUUGAUCGCGAUACGGGUGAUCUUCUCCCAUUCCAAACCCUGACGAAUCGGGCCAAGAAGAACGUCGAGAUCGGGGCGAUAGCCGUAACUGUGUGUCUCUUCUCGUUUGAUCUUAUGUAUCUAAACGGCGAACCACUUCUAGAUCGCCCAUUCCGAGAACGCAGAGAACUCCUUCGAAGUCUCUUCGUCGAGAUUCCUAACCGAUUCACAUGGGUGAAGAGUCUAGACGCCACAUCUGCGGAUUCAGACAGCGUUCUAGAAUUCUUCAAAAGUGCCACAGAAGCCAAGUGCGAAGGAAUAAUGGUUAAAGUUCUCGACAAUACCCUCAAACCAACAACAACCUCCAAUCAAGAACAAGACUCGUCCAACCAAAUUCCAACCACAGAUUCUACACCCACUCCCGCAAUAAAAGAAAAAUCUUCUCGUCGAAAAGCUCUCCUCUCAACCUACGAACCAGACAAACGCCUGGAAUCCUGGCUAAAAGUCAAAAAAGACUACAGCACCUCCUCCGAGACCCUAGACUUAAUCCCAAUAGCCGGGUGGCACGGUCAAGGCCGCAAAGCAAAAUGGUGGUCCCCGAUCCUACUCGCCGUGCGGAACCCCGAGUCCGGAGCCCUGGAAGCUGUGACGAAGUGCAUGUCCGGGUUCACAGACAAGUUCUACGCGAGCAAUAAAGAGAAGUACAACGAAGGCAGUUCGAAUGUGAUCUCGCGACCGGCUUACGUGGAGUAUUCCGGGCAUCCGGAUGUGUGGUUCGAGCCACAGGAGGUGUGGGAGAUGGCGUUUGCGGACAUUACGCUUAGUCCGACUUAUACAGCUGCUAUUGGUUUGGUUAGUGAAGAGAGGGGGUUGAGUUUGAGGUUUCCGCGAUUUUUGAAGGUGAGAGAGGAUAAGGGGCUGGAUGAGGCGAGCAGUUCGGAUUAUUUGGCCCUUUUGUGGAGGAAACAGGCGGAGAAGGCGAAGGUUGAUGAUGGGAAGGGGAAGGAGGAGUUGGGAUGGGCUGAGGAUUAA